AUGGUCCGGUUGGGAUUGCCCACACGGUUGAGCUCGCAUCUCUCCGCGAGGAGCGCGUCGUCAACACCCGGCCAAAGCAGAAGCACCAGUCCGCUACGAACACCAGACUUAAAACCUCUACUGCUGAAGGUUUCUGUGAUUCGGGGACAAAACCUCGCAGCCAAAGACCGAGGUGGCACGAGCGACCCAUACUUGGUGGUUACAUUGGGAGACGCGAGACAGUCAACACCGACAAUAUUCAAGACCCUGAACCCCGAAUGGAACGUCUCGUUCGAAAUGCCCAUCGUGGGUGUACCGCUGUUGGAAUGUAUUUGUUGGGAUCAUGAUCGGUUCGGCAAGGAUUACCUGGGCGAAUUCGACAUCGCACUAGAGGACAUCUUCAUUGAUGGCCAAUUGAAUCCAGAGCCCAAAUGGUAUACCCUCAAAUCGAAACGGAAGCCGGCCAAGAAGAAGGACAGCACUGUCUCGGGCGAAAUCCUGUUGCAGUUCUCCCUCGUUGAUUCCGCGAGCCCCGCUGCGUCGCCGUCAGACACAUACCGCAAGUUCAAGCGACUCGUAUUCUCGGCAGAGGACGAUGACCAGAUCCCCCCGGUUGAUUUCGAUGACCUCGAUCGGGAUGAAGAGACCUCCGAUGAAGCCGAUGACCUAACACAACCAGAAGUGGUGGAAAAGCGUCGCCGUCGACUUCGCCUGGCCCGCUUGAGGCGCAAGUCCCUGGCAGCUCGUGCAUACCAGUUCUCUGGCUCAGGCAGUGGGGUGCAAGGCAUUGUCUUCAUGGAGAUUGUCAAAGUGACCGAUUUGCCCCCUGAACGUAAUGUCACGCGGACAUCGUUCGAUAUGGAUCCCUUCGUCGUGACCUCUCUUGGCAGGAAGACCUUGAGGACUCCUGUUAUACGCCAUAACCUGAAUCCAGUUUACUAUGAGAAAAUGGUGUUCCAGGUCAUGCGACACGAACAAAACUACACCAUUAGUUUCACCGUGAUGGAUCGUGACAAAUUCUCCGGCAAUGACUUCGUCGCCUCGGCUGGUUUCCCACUCCAAAACCUCGUUCAGUCCGGCCCUAUUGCAGACCCCGAGACAGGGCUGUAUAAAUUCAUAGAGUCGGAGGAGGCGGUAGAAGAGCCGAGCCCGACCACGAAGUCAUCGCGAGUCAGCCCUUCUGCCUCUUCCUCAAAUCUUUCAAGAAUGUCUAGGCCUAUAUUGAAGACUCGUAGCUCCGCUACCUCAGUCUCAAGCCAAUCCAUGCAGGACGUACCUGUGCCAACUCUCAUCGCACCCUCCUCCCUCCCAGAAGAAGGAAUUGCAGGGAUGGAUAGCGCCAGCACUUUGCAGGUGCCCUCCACAACGACUGCGUAUGAUAGCGAUUCGGCCCCGCCCCCUGACAAGGACGGCUUCCGGUCUUAUACCAUCCCUCUCAUUCUGAAGAACCGGGAGCGUUGGGAAGACAAGCAUUCACCAGAGUUGCAUGUUAAGGCAAAGUUCUUACCAUAUAGUGCUCUGCGUCAGCAAUUCUGGAGACUGAUGCUCAAGCAAUACGAUGCAGAUGAGAGUGGUCGCAUUGACAAGGUUGAAAUGACGACAAUGCUUGACACUCUCGGUUCGACCCUGAAGGAAUCGACCAUCGACAGCUUCUUCGAGCGGUUCAGCGAAGACAAUGCGGCCAAUGAAACCGAUGAUCUCUCGUUCGACCAGGCAGUGGUUUGCCUCGAGGACACGCUUAAGACUCUGCAGAAGCGAAACUCAAUGGCGAUUCCUAACCUGCCCCCGAUCCCACCGCUGUCGAACUCUGGAAGUCAAGGAAGUGAGCCAUCUAGCAGCGAUGAGCACUUAGAAACCAGCACCAGUGCCCCUUCUAAUGCCGAUCCACGUGGAACAGCCAUUCCGACCCUGUCUCCCGAAGACCAGUCUAGUUCCAAUGAUGAGUACACUCAGCCCGAUGAUCUCGCUGAUGAACGGGGUGAGGAGCACGUUAUUGAAAUCCGCGAAUGCCCUCUUUGCCACCAGCCGCGUCUUUCCAAGCGCUCUGAUGCGGAUAUCAUCACGCACAUUGCUACAUGCGCAAGUCGCGACUGGCGGCAGGUUGACAACUUGGUCAUGGGUGGUUUCGUGACCUCCAGUCAGGCACAGCGCAAGUGGUACUCUAAGGUCAUUACAAAGAUCUCAUAUGGUGGAUACAAACUCGGAGCGAACUCGGCCAAUAUCCUUGUCCAGGAUCGUAUCACCGGCCAGAUCAACGAGGAGCGUAUGAGUGUCUAUGUGCGAUUGGGAAUUCGAUUGCUCUACAAAGGUAUCAAAAGUCGUGACAUGGAAAAGAAGCGAAUUCGCCGUGUCCUUCGCUCUUUGAGUGUCAAGCAGGGUCGAAAGUAUGACGACCCAGCCUCUGCAUCCCAGAUCCAGGACUUUAUCGACUUCCACCAGCUGGAUAUGUCCGAAGUACUGCUUCCAUUGGAGAAAUUCCGUAACUUCAACGAAUUCUUCUACCGUGCCUUGAAGCCCGAGGCCCGACCAUGCUCCGCUCCCGAGGAACCCAAGAUCGUUGUAUCUCCGGCGGACUGUCGCUCAGUCGUCUUUGACCGUAUGAGCGAUGCAACUAGUAUCUGGGUGAAGGGUCGUGAGUUCUCCAUCGAAAGGCUUCUGGGCAACGCCUACCCAGAGGACGCAGCUCGGUACCGUAAUGGUGCCAUGGGUGUGUUCCGUCUGGCGCCCCAGGACUAUCACCGCUUCCACAUCCCCGUCGAUGGAAUCAUGGGCGAGCCUAAGACCAUCGAGGGUGAGUAUUACACUGUGAACCCAAUGGCAAUUCGCUCCGCACUGGACGUCUAUGGCGAGAAUGUCCGCAUUCUCGUUCCCAUUGAUUCUGUCGCCCAUGGUCGGGUUAUGGUUGUCUGUGUGGGCGCCAUGAUGGUGGGCAGCACGAUCAUCACCCGGAAACCUGGCGAGAAGGUCUCACGCGCUGAAGAGCUGGGCUACUUCAAAUUCGGCGGUAGCACCCUUCUCGUUCUCUUCGAAGAGGGCAAGGUCAAUUUUGACAAGGACCUGGUGGAUAACUCCAAGGGUCCUCUGGAAACUCUGAUCCGAGUUGGCAUGUCCGUCGGACACAGUCCCGAUAUCCCUCAAUUCGAGCCCGACAUGCCCAAGAAGGCCGAGAACAUCACCGCCGAGGAAAUGCAAGAUGCCAAGCGUCGUAUCGAGGGCAGCCUGGCACCCCCGAGCAAUCCUUCCACCGUGAUGAAGACACUCCAAUGA